CAGUAACGCUUGUGCGGCUAAUAGGUAUAAUUUUAAACUGUGUUUUGACACUUAUAUAAUUUUAUAAAACAAACAAAAAUGUCAAAUUCAUUUAAAAUGUCAAAAGCCUUCAAUAAAAAUGCAAAACGCGGACAAUAAUGGAACUACUCCAGAGCCAGUUUUCAAAGGUGAAAUUUAUACCCGUCGCAAUUAUUUCGAAGAUGGACGUCGCAAAAUCGAUUUCGUUCUUGUCUCCAGUAUCAUUAAACUACCCUCAGAACUGGAUACUCUUACCUUUUUUAUGACGGAGUUAAUCAAAUCAGGAAUUCAAUAUGAAAUAUCACCGGGAGACGCUUCACCAAAUUUGGUUUUCAUCAAACUACAUUGUCCCAGGCAUGUUUUGGAAGAAUACGCCAAUUAUCAACACUUUAUUUUUGAUUAUAAAAACCCACGGAUCCUACGCCGACGAAAUCGCUUCUUUCCUUGGAGUAUUUUCCACAAUGUGACAACGGAGAUUCGAACUGAUGAUCCGUCCUACAAUCGGGCGUUCGGUAGUUUGUCGAGUAACAAAGCACGACACAUCACCAGUUGGGAACGGUCGUUAUUAGUACAUAAAAUGCUCAUGAGGACCAAAUUCAGUGAGAUUAAAAACGAAGAAGGCAUUAAUAAGUUAAUCGCUUUGAAUAUUCUUAAAGACGCUUAUGCAACUCACGAUGGUCCAAUCGAAUGGCACCAAAAGGGACCACUGACCGAUCGCCAACUUUUGCAUAAAUAUUGGGCAAAUAUAAUGGUGUUCUUUAAGCAUCAACCAAUUCCAUUAAUAUUUAAGUAUUUUGGCCCCGAAGUAGCGUUUUAUUUCGCUUUCGUUGACUUCUACACGAAAAUGCUGGUGGUCCCGGCCAUUUUGGGAGUGCUAUUGUUAAUUUUCAACGCAAUUAGCCGAGAUUAUUUUGACACGGCACGCGUAACUGAUAUCUGUGAGAGUAAACAAAACCUUUGUACGUUGUGUUUUCACAAACGAAACUGCAAAUUUGCACCUAUUAAGAGUUACUGCAUAGGAGCGUACGUGCUACCAAUUUUUGAUAACAUCGGUGGCGGUAUUUUCGCUGUUUUUAUGGGUUUCUGGUCAAUUGCAUUUUUAGAAAUGUGGAAACGUCAAGAAUAUAUGCUGAAAUACCGUUGGAAUUUAAUUAAUGUUGAAAGCGACACAGCUUACAGAAUAGAGUUUUUGAAAACGGCCAAACACACACAUGUUUCGCACGUGAGCGGAGAAAAAGAAUAUUAUACACCGAUAAAUCUCAAGAUUAUUAAUUCGAUACGUACUCUGGGUGGCCUAUCUUUAAUGUUUGCAGUUGUCUUGUUAUUGAUUUUACUCAACACACUGUAUCGCGUGGAAAUGACCAAAGUGAUUACUCGUUCAAGUCUGGAAACGCUUAAACGCCACAAAGCUUUUUUUAUCAUGAGCACAUCGGCUAUUAUUGGUACAAUAAUCAUCACGUAUCUUGCGCCGUAUUUCAGGAAAUUCUCCGUUUAUCUAACAAACAAAGAAAAUCCGAAAACCUACGUGGAUUAUGUGAACGCAUGCAUUUAUAAAGUAUACGCGACGUCUUUUGCCAACGGAUAUUUUCCAUUCUUCUAUGUCGCGUUCAUAAAGGGUGCGUUUUUUACAUAUCCUGGAGAUGAAGAUGUCUACGAUUAUUUUGGACUACGCGUGGACAUUUGUAAUGUUAAUGGAUGUGCGUACGCACUCACAAUAUCGCUGAUUUUCUUUUUUGCGUUGAAAAAUUCGACGCAUCGUUUGCUGCGAGCGAUAAUUCCAAUAAUCACCGACAAAAUAAAGAGAGAACGAGCUAAGAGGCGCCGAGUCCAACGUCAACGAAAUGUGGCCACCUGGGAGCGUGAUUAUCGAUUAAAAAAAGCUGGUGACUUGUUUAUGCUGGGUCUUUUUAUGGGCGUAACAAUGCACUAUGGUUACGUGCUGUUUUUCAUAGCUGCACUGCAGUUGACACCGAUGAUGGCGCUGCUCACCAGUAUUGUUAAUUUACGCAUCGAUGCAAUUCACAUCUUGAAAAACUUUCGAAGACCUGUGGCAAAACAGCUGCCUGGCAUUGGCGCGUGGAAUAAUAUCUUUCAAAUCAUGACUUAUAUCGGAACCGCAAGUAAUGCGUUUGUGAUUGCAUUCACUUCAGAUUUAUGGCAAAGAGAAAUUUAUCGACAUUUCCAUUCGAACCUUACCGGAUAUAUAAAUAGUACUUUAUCAGAGUUUUUGAUUGAAGAUUAUUCUCAGAAUGUCACUCAUAUUUUGCAUCAUCAUGGACAUCAUGAUGUUGAGGUGUGCGUUUAUCGUGGCAAGCGAUUUCCAUAUUAUCACGAAAACAAAUAUGAGCAUUCUGAUGAUCAUUGGCAUGUGCUUUCAUAUAAAUUAGGCUUUGUUGUUGUUUAUGAACAAUUACUAUGGUUUAUUAUCUCGAUGGUUUCAAUUUUUCGAGAGAGCAUACCGCAGAUUAUAAAAGAACAUUUGCGAAAUGAAAAGUUUCAGGAGAAACUCGCUCGGUUUGAGUUUCUCCGCGAGGCGCCGGCUGAUAAUAAAUCGGAUAUUCAUGUUGUUAAAGAUCACGGCGAUAUUGCAGAUUUAUUUGAGAUGGUUGAUGCUAAUUCAAGUGAUAAUAAUUAUUAUAUCUCGUAACAUAUUUAGAUUUUGUUUCAUAUUUAAUUUAUAAGUAGACUAGCUUUUGCCCGUGACUUCGUCCCGAUAAUGUUUAAUAAAAAUGUUCUACACUCUUGUUCUACACAUA